AAAAUCCCCUUCAUAUUCAUUCCUUCGACUUUCGCUCCGUGCAACCGCUUUAAGAGCAAUGGCAUCUCAUAUUGUUGGCUACCCUCGCAUGGGGCCUAAGAGAGAGCUCAAGUUUGCCUUGGAUUUUGGUGUAUUGUUUCUAAUGUCAUUCUACAUUUUUUUGUUGCAGCUUGGAAUUGAGACUGUCCCUGUCCUUAUAGGUCCUGUGUCAUACUUGUUGCUAUCAAAACCAGCAAAGGGUGUUGAGAAGUCAUUUUCUCUUCUUUCCCUGAUUGACAAGAUUCUUCCAGUUUACAAGGAAGUUAUUGCUGAACUAAAGGCAGCAGGUGCAACCUGGGUUCAGUUUGAUGAGCCCACCCUUGUGCUGGAUCUGGGAUCUCACCAAUUGCAAGCAUUUACUCAUGCGUACUCAGAGCUAGAAUCUACUCUAUCUGGCUUGCAAGUGCUGGUUGAAACAUACUUUGCUGAUGUUACUGCUGAAGCAUACAAAACGCUAACAUCUUUGAAUGGUGUCUCUGGAUUUGGAUUUGAUCUGAUCCGCGGUACAAAGAGUCUUGACUUGAUUAAGGGUGGAUUUCCUUCAGGCAAACUCCUGUUUGCUGGAGUGGUUGAUGGAAGGAACAUUUGGGCUAAUGAUCUUACAUCUUCCCUCCAUAUCCUGCAGGCUCUUGAGGCCAUUGUUGGCAAAGACAAGGUUGUGGUCUCCACAUCAUGCUCCCUGCUCCACACUGCAGUUGACCUGGUGAAUGAAACUAAGCUGGACAAGGAGCUCAAGUCCUGGCUUGCAUUUGCUGCACAGAAAGUGCUUGAAGUAAAUGCCUUGGCCAAAGCAUUGGUUGGCCAGAAGGAUGAGGCAUUCUUCUCUUCUAAUGCUACAGCUCAUGCUUCAAGAAAAUCCUCCCCUAGGGUGACAAAUGAAGCUGUCCAGAAAGCUGCUGCUGCCUUGAAGGGUUCUGAUCACCGCCGUGCCACAAAUGUAAGUGCUAGGCUCGAUGCUCAGCAGAAGAAGUUGAACCUCCCACUACUUCCUACCACAACCAUUGGAUCUUUUCCUCAGACCAUGGACCUUAGAAGAGUACGCCGUGAAUACAAGGCUAAGAAGAUAUCUGAGGAUGAUUACGUCAACUCUAUUAAGGAAGAAAUUAGCAAGGUUGUCAAGAUUCAAGAAGAACUUGAUAUUGAUGUUUUGGUCCAUGGAGAGCCAGAGAGGAAUGACAUGGUUGAGUACUUUGGCGAGCAACUAUCUGGUUUUGCCUUCACAGUGAAUGGGUGGGUCCAGUCAUAUGGUUCCCGCUGUGUCAAACCUCCUAUCAUUUAUGGUGACGUGAGUCGCCCCAAGGCCAUGACUGUAUUCUGGUCAUCAAUUGCUCAGAGUAUGACUAAGCGACCCAUGAAAGGAAUGCUUACUGGCCCUGUUACAAUCUUGAACUGGUCCUUUGUUAGAAACGAUCAGCCAAGGCAUGAAACCUGCUAUCAGAUUGCAUUGGCCAUUAAGGAUGAGGUUGAGGAUCUCGAGAAGGCUGGCAUUACUGUCAUCCAGAUUGAUGAGGCUGCUUUAAGAGAGGGUUUGCCUCUUAGGAAGUCUGAGCAGGCAUUUUAUCUGGAUUGGGCUGUUCACUCCUUCAGGAUUACCAACUGUGGUGUUCAAGACACUACUCAGAUCCACACCCACAUGUGCUACUCAAACUUCAACGACAUCAUUCACUCGAUCAUAGACAUGGAUGCAGAUGUCAUUACCAUCGAGAACUCCAGAUCAGAUGAGAAGCUCCUCUCUGUCUUCCGCGAGGGUGUGAAAUAUGGUGCGGGUAUUGGCCCUGGAGUGUAUGACAUCCACUCCCCAAGGAUCCCAUCCACCGAAGAAAUCGCUGACCGUAUUAACAAGAUGCUUGCAGUCCUUGAAAGCAACAUCCUUUGGGUGAAUCCUGAUUGUGGUCUUAAGACUCGCAAGUACUCUGAAGUCAAGCCUGCUUUGAGCAACAUGGUUGCUGCUGCCAAGCUCAUCCGCACUCAACUGGCAAGUGCUAAGUGAGUUCUGAAAUUGCUUAUAUAUUAUUCAAGAAGGCCAAUCAUCUUCCUGUUGUCGAAUAAUAUGUUUGCUUUUUGUUGAAAUGAGCUGCUAUUUUAGUCUCACUUUCAUUUUAUAUUUUUACCAUAUAAAAUAUCUUUCAUCUUUAUGUGAGUUGUGCUUGAUCUUUCUAUCUCUAACACAUUUUUUGUCACCAUUUUCUCCUACCCUUGAAUUGAUUGAGAUCAAUGAAGAACGAAAAUGGGAGGGGAGAAAAUUUGACAUUCAUUUAUACGAGUGAUUACAUGGGGGAAAGAUAAUUACGACGAUGAUGAUAGUACAUAAGAGUAUGGAAGAAAGGAUAGAUUUAGGUGGAAGCGGCGAUGAGCACUGUUUCCUUCAAAUUAAUUAGAGGAUGCAACAAUUACGACGAGACUUGUCCUCGCGACGUCCACGUUUCUUCUUUCUAGCUGACUCAUCCUUGUUCUUCUUUCUCCGGCUGCAAUUCAAACGAAUUCGUUUUAGUUGCAUCAGUGAAUCUGUUUUUUGU